AUGUCUGGAUCUGACGCUUGUGCCCUCAAUGCUGACGGUUCUCUUAAGGAUGCCAAGGAUAUUGUAUUUUACAAUGAUCCUGAUGAUACUGUCCCUCUUCCACCCUCUGCCAAGUCUGCGCCACCCUCUGCCAAAUCUGCGGCUGCCCCCACAGAUGCCUUCUUGGUGUUACUGAAGGCUGGAUGCAAACCAGCACCACUUACUGCGGGUGCUCAACACUCCAUUCAUACCUCUAAGUUCUCUGCUCGCCUCCGUGAUGCCGACAAUGCUUGUUCUAACCAAGUGUCCAGCUUGACAAGCCGCAAACAUGCACGUGCCUUAUCUAGUACUACUACUGAGCCACCAGUUACAAAAAAAGUGGUCUUGCAGCUCUCAGCUCCGUUAUCUGACGAUGAUGACUCUCAUGUCACUGGUGCUGAGUCUGCCAACACGGAUCAUGAUACCGACACCAAUGAUGCACCUGCUGAAGACCAACCUGAAGAUGAAGAUGAACAAGCCGAACCUGAAGAUGCCACCAUCCGAACCACUCUGUCAAAGAGUGAGGCAGUGCUGGUGAAGUCAUAA